AAAAAAAAAAAAAAAAAUAAAACAAUUGAUGAUAAUGUACUAUAGCUAUUCCUUGGUGUAGUGCAUUUUCCUCCUCUCUUUUGCUUAGCAAUUAUGAUGUUUUUGUUUUUCCUUAUGGAACAUGUAAUAGAUGGAGGAUAAAGUGUAUUCUGAUGUGACUGAGGAGCAGUGACAGGUUUAAAAAAAGCCAGCUUAUGUGUAUCUUUGUAUAAUAAGUCAUAACUCUUAUGAAACAUUUUUUAUAGUCUGUUUCUACUUUUGGCAGGAUGUUUUUCACCCACGCUUUGCAGAUUUGGGUCUAGGAAGCAAUUUUUACUUUUCAUAAAUGGUUAUAUGGACAUUAGAGAUUGGGCUUAAAAAUUAUUUUAAGACAUUUUGUCAUCUUAUUCACAGCAUUUGAAAGAAAUAAAUAAGUCAUUAUUGAUGUGGCAUUUUUCUGAUGGAUAAAAGCAAAUGUAAUGAAGAAUGAGGGUGCUGUAUUUUAGAAAUUCUUUAAAAUAUAUUUAGUGGGUCAAUUAUUAACAAUAGAGUUUUAUUUCUUAUAUUUUCUACUUCAUUUUUUUAAAUUUGUUUGAGUUUAAUUCUGCAGUUUAUCUAGUAGACUAUAAACUUGUUUUAAUAUUUGUUGAUGAAAGAACAUACUUGAGAGACAUCAUUUGAUAUUACCUUCCAAAAUUUGCAGCUGUUUAGAACCAGAUACUUAGGGGAAGCUACUAUGGUAUAAUGAAUGCCUUCCUUGUUAGGUCAUGUGUGACAAAGGCAAAAUUCAGCAAGUGCAUGAUCUGCAGUCCUUUGGAAGCAACAACAGAAAAGAGCACAUGAGCUCCAAAUGAAUUUGGGUCAUUUGGAAAUUGAAUUCCUGUCAAUUCUUAAUCUUCACCAAAUUUAUCUUCUCCCUUUUAGUUCAUGCUUAUGGUAUUUUGAAGCUGAUGAACCUACUGGUAUUAUCCAGGAGACCAUUAAUAAUUAAAAUGUAGUUUUUUUCCCCCCCAGUGUUAGUUAAAAGAACUUAUCAGCCUUUCAUUUCCAGCUCCAUUCUCUAAUUUAGUACUCUACAGAAAAGGCUGUAGAUCUUUCCUUAAAUAUUCAAUUUCAGAAAACCAGCUUGUACAUUUUCUUCUCUUAGCACAAUGUAUGUGUAAAUGUGAAACUAAGCACCCAUUAUAAUUGUGAUUAUAAUAUUAUAAAGCAUGAGUUUCCUUCAUCCAGAAAACAUUUUUGAUGUCUUUGGGUCAAGGACCAUGACAUGGAUGAAAUUAGUUUCCUCCAGGGUCUGCUGCAAGAAUCCUUGAUAUUGUUGUAGAGGACCUUGAGAAUGAAAGGCUAGAAUCUGGACAAAAGGAUGAACAAUGUUCGUCCUUUGGUUAGAUGAAGAAACAUCUAACCAAACCAGGUUGGCUAGAUGUUUCUUCAUCUAAAGGUCAGUUUAAGGGGGGUGUUAGAAACUCAGAUAAAAUAUGAAAUAGAUUAUCAUGGUUCAAAACAAGCAAAGGGCCUUGAUUCUACAGAUUUGCAUUGUCCUAGAAUGAGUAAAGCUUAGCUAGUAGUACUUUGUUUGAGGUAAGACUAAAUGCUCAAGACCACUAGUCUUUGUAUGCAGUCCUAAAGUUAGAGAUGGAGAGAAGCAACAAAUAUCUGUUCAGUUCUUUCCACUCUCAGGCACACACAUAUCUUCUUUUUCUUUAAAGUGAAUCCAUUUCACUUAUAAACUUGGAGAAUACAUGAGCCUCUCAGUCUUCAUUUGUAGUCUCUGCUUUCUUUUCCUGGAAUUUUAUAGUGAAUAAAAUUUUAUGUAAAAGUAUUGUAUAUUGAGUACUUAAAUACUUGCCAUCUAGAUUCUGUAAUUCAUAUUUUGCUAUAUUUGCUUUACCAUCUAUAUGCCUAUCUAUCCAUUUAUCUGCGAAUCUAUGUGUUUAAAGGACCUACUUUGCUAACAAAUUUGGAUGGUAACUAUGCUAAGUCUUAAAAAUAGAAAAAAAUGAACACAAUAAGAGGCAGGGCCUUUAAGAGGUGAUGGUAAUAGUGUCCUUACAAAAGAGGCUUGAGAGAACCCUUUGCUCCUUCUACCAUGUGAGGACACAGGAAGCUUACAGGAAGAAAGCAUUAUCUAUAAGGAAUGAUUCUGGAUCUGUAGCCACAUUGAUCUUGAACUUUACAGCCUCCAAAACACUGAGCAACAGUUUUCUGUUUAUAAAUUACCCAGUGUAAGGUACUUUAGUAUAGCAUCCUGAAUGGGUGAAGACAAAAAUUGGUACCUACAUGUAGGAUGCAGCUAUAACAGAUAGUUAAAAAUGUGGACAUGGCUUGGAACUGAGUAAUGAAUAGAAGCCAGGAGAGUUUUGGGUUAUAUUGCUAUGAAGGGACCCUUAAGGAUGAUUUUCUGGUGAGGGUUCAAAAGACAGCUAUAGAGAAAGCCUGAAAUUAGAGAUUACCUAAAUUGUAGUGAACACACUGUUGGUAGAAGUAUAUCUGUAAAGGCCAUUCUGACUAUGCCUCAGAUGAGAAUAACAUGUUGAAAACUAGAGGAAAGACAAUUCUUAUAAAGAAUUUGGUUGAAUUGUGUUCUUGUCCGUGUGCUUUAUGGAAGUAGAACUUCAGAGGAAUGAAAUAGAUAUUUGGCAGGAGAAAUACAAAGUGUUGGGUGCAUACAGCUUCUUUGGACUACUUACAAUAAAAUGAGAGAUGAGAAAAUCAAGCUAAAGAAAAAGGGGUGGAGAACUUAAAAGAUGCAGCAAAUUCUCAACCUGCCCUUGUUGUAAAUAAUGAAAGUAUGUUCAGAAGAGAGUGCCCAGGGUGUGGCCAGGUAAACUUUGGUUAAGGAGAUUAGUAUGGGUAUUUGGAAGCCAUGUGCCUAUUUAUCAAUAUAGUAACCCUGAAGGCAUGUCAGGUCUUUAGGGCUGCCCUGCCUGUUGCUGGGGCUUUGGCGGCAGAAUGAUUUAAAGCCUCUACUCCCUGUAUUCCAGCAUAUCAUUCUUUGGCUGUCCUAGCUGUGGCUCCUGUGCACCGAUGGGUAUGGUACUGACCACUGUGGCCACCUUUCUGGAGGUCACAGAUCGUAAAGUUUGUGUGAUGCUAUUUAUUCCAAGGCAGAGUGCAUGAACUGUGUGUUGGGGGCAUUGCUACCUCCACCUAGAUUUCAAAGGAUGCUCUGGAGAACUUUGGCACCCAGGAAGAGAACUGUCACAAGACUGAAGCCAUCAGAAAGCUGCCACUAGGGAAAAUGUCCAGUGGAGCCAUGGGACAGGGAUGCCCUCAAGACCCUUGAAGAGCUAGUCCAGUAUGGGAGAGAUGCAGGCACCUUACUUCCAACUGGUGGAGAGCUGCAGCAUGCAUCGUACUCAGCAAAGCCAUGAGAGCAAGGUUACCUGGAACCUUGGGGCCCAGUCCCCAGCACAGUGUGUCUGGAAGGCAGGACAUCAAGUCAGAGGAGAUUAUUUUGGAGCCUUAAGGUUUAAUGUUUGUCCUUUUGGGUUUAAGAUUCGGUGAGACCUGUUAUCUUUGUUUUCUGCUUUCUCCUUUUGGAAUUGUGCCUGACCCACCAUUGUAUUUUGGAAGCAGACUUGAUUUCACAGACUUAUGACUGAAGAGAAAUCUGCCUUAGGAUGAAUCACACUUCUGGUUUUCACUUGUAUGUGAUUCAGGGCCUGUGUUAUGCACCUAAAGCCAUACUGGAAACUCCAGAAGAAAGAGCGUCCUCUGGAAGUCUGCAGGGACACUCUGAGAAUUCUUAUGAGCCAUCAAAAGGCUGUAAAUGAUGAAAAAUGCAAAGCUAGCUAUAUGAAAACAAGUGUCUUUCCUUCAACUUCUUUUAGCAAAGCAUCAUCUCGAAAACCUUUUGGGAUCCUUUCUCCAAAUGUUCUGUGCAGUAUGAGUGGGAAGAGCCCUGCAGAGAACAGCUUGAAUGUCAAAACUAAAAAGAAUGUGCCACCUGCAACAAUCCACCAGGGUGAAGAAGGAGAAGGGCCACUUGAUAUCUGGGCUGUUGUGAAACCUGGAAAUACCAAGGAGAAAAUUGCAUUCUUUGCAGCUCACCAGUGUAGCAACAGGUUAGGAUCUAUGAAAGUGAAAAGCUCUUGGGAUAUUGAUGGGAGAGCUACUAAAAGAAGGAAAAAAUCAGGGGAUCUUAAAAAAAACAAGAUACAGUUAGAAAGAAUGAGGGAUGUCAAUAACAGGUGCUACCAGCCUGAGCCAUUUGCAUGUGGCAUUGAGCACUGUUCUGUGCAUUAUGUAAGUGACAGUGGAGAUGGAGUCUAUGCUGGAAGACCUCUGUCGGUUAUACAGAUGGUUGCCUUCCUUGAACAAAGAGCCAGUGCUCUGCUAGCUAGCUGUGCGAAAAACUGCACAAACUCACCUGCCAUUGUGAGGUUUUCUGGCCAAUCUAGAAGUAUGCCUCCUGCCCCUGACCCAUUCUCUGCCCCAGGAGCUUGUGAAGAACCCACAGAAAGGGGAAAUUCUGAGGUGGGCGAACCACAGAGUGAACCAGUCCGUGUCCUAGACAUGGUAGCCAGGUUGGAGUCCGAGUGCCUGAAGCAGCAGAGCCAGCGUGAGCCUGGAAACCUGUCGCGGAAUAACAGCUUCCGUCGAAAUGUGGGCAGGGUGUUGCUUGCAAAUAGCACUCGGGCUGAUGAAAGCAAAACAAACAAAGGCAUCUUGGAGGCACCUGAUACUCAGGUGACUCCCAUGCAGUCUGUGUCUGUAGACUGUGGUCCCUCAAGAGCUGAGCAUUGUUCUACUAAGGGGGACCAGGCCUGGGAUAGUGCUCCUCAGAGCUGUCCCUCAUUGUCAGCAGGUGUGAAUUUCCACUUGGACAGGGCAGAAUUAGAGCCAGGUCAACAUACUGCUGUGAAAAACAACAACAGGUAUGAUGUGGAAAUGACAGAUGAACUUGAUGGAUUACCUUUUUCUUCUCACACCUACCCCCAAGCCACUGAAUUGCCCACAGAUGCUGUCAACUGUAUGAGUAGAGAGCUUGUGCCUCUUACUAACCAAAAUCCUGAUCAGAGAAGAAAAGAAUAUCUGUGCAUCAGCAUCACUGUGUCAAAGGUAGAGAAAGCCCAGCCUUCUAGUUUAAAUUCCCAUGAGGAGCCACUUCCAGGGAUGUUGUUUUUUUUGCCAUCUGGUCAACACCAGUUAGACUGUUCCCAGUUGAACGAAAGCACAGCACAGGAGUCUUCAGAGGCAGGCCAGCUUGAAGAUGCUGCUCAAGUUGACAGUGCAUCUGAGGAGAAAAGUGUUUCAGUUGAGCCACUUGCAUCACCAACUUCUGCAGUGGAAGGUACGUUACCUGUACUUGAAGCAUCCAGUUGUAAGAAGCAGGUGUCUCAUGACUUUCUGGAGACGAGGUUUAAAAUUCAGCAGCUUCUGGAGCCUCAGCAGUACAUGGCAUUUCUGCCUCAUCACAUUAUGGUGAAAAUCUUCAGGUUACUUCCCACCAGGAGUUUAGUAGCUCUUAAAUGUACCUGCUGCUAUUUCAAGUUCAUUAUUGAGUACUACAACAUCAGGCCAGCAGAUUCUCGCUGGGUUAGAGAUCCACGCUACAGAGAAGACCCGUGCAAGCAGUGCAAGAAAAAAUAUGUGAAGGGGGAUGUGUCUCUGUGCCGGUGGCACCCCAAGCCCUAUUGCCAAGCAUUGCCCUAUGGGCCUGGGUACUGGAUGUGCUGCCACCGGUCUCAAAAGGGCUUUCCUGGCUGUAAGCUGGGGCUUCAUGACAAUCACUGGGUCCCUGCGUGCCACAGCUUUAAUCGGGCAAUCCAUAAGAAAGCAAAAGGGACUGAAACUGAAGAGGAAUACUAAAGUCCAGGGGAGAGGCAACAAAAAGGACUGAUCUUUUAAACCACAAAACACCUAGAUAAACUGUUCACGCGAGUGUUGCCACUCAGUUAUCACUCUAGGAAUCUGUACUUACUCCUUCAGGACUGCCAUCACUCAGGCAUUUUUCUAAACUCUGAACUUACCAGCUGUAUAAGAAAAAUGGUCUCAUGGUUUUAUAGUGGCGCCUCAACAUUUGAUCCAGGGUGGUAUCCCACAGCUUGAUUCACUCAGCUGCGAAUAACUAUGCCUGUUUUCUGUCAUCAAAACCUUCCUUAAAGGAUGACAGCUUGCCACCAUCAAAAACAUUGAGAAGAGUUCACUGCAGACUCUGCAGGCAGUUCCCAGAGGUUCCAGAAAUGUUUCCAGCAUUGGCACCAUAUAUGAAAUAAGUGAAUAGUGUCCUAUGAAACAACAGACCCUUGGAUGAUGAGUAUACCUAAAAAGGAAGAGUCAGGCACCUUACCCUAGACCUUGUAUGCUUGAUCCUGUGAGAUUGAUGUUUGUGACUGAAGAUGGAUUUCAUGCCCUGUGGUGUUUACAGUGUAUAUAAUGGUGUGUUUUCAUAGGGCUGUGAAAGUGCACAUUAAACCCGAGCGCCUUUAUCUUUAGAUGAGUGCUUUAGCCCCUCUGUAAAUAACACAAUUAAAAUACAGUUGUAUAUGAUGGAGAGCUGACUUAAAAGCAUAAUCACCACAAUGCAGCUAGGAUACUGUUGCGGCUAUAAUUGUGUUUUUUUAAAAAUUGUCUCAAAGUUUGUACAUCCUGUAUAAAAUAUGAAUGUUUCUCAAACUAUGAAUGUUCCCUGUAUAAUAUAUGAAUGUUUCUGAGAAGAAACUCUAAAUAGUUAAGAGGUUAACCUGUUGAAAGGAUACCAAAUAAUGGUUUAACUGGACAACCUUAAAAUUAGCAUAGAGAACAAUCCCCUGUUAUAUUUUAGUGAUCCACCAAGAAUAAGAGAAUAUUAUAUAGUCAGAUUAUAACAUUCUUGUCUACUUUAUCCUUUCUGCUGGUUACAAUUUUUUUUUUAACUUCAAUAAACAUGCAUCUUAAAAGAAA